UUUUUUUUUUUUUUAAACCUUUCACGUUUAUAUGUAACUUGAUUGUUAUUUCUGAAUGGUCACACUGAAAGAUAUCUUACGAUCUGCGACACAAACUAUUCGCCAAGCAACGGCAAAAUCAACUGGUCAAAGCACGUUGGAUAUCAUUGACAAUUACCUUGAUGAACAUCCUUCAGAACUUGUUACAAAUGCUACCAUCAAUGGAAACAGCAGCAACGUACCAACAUUAAACUCUACGCCUUCAUCUCUACUUGUAGCAGCUGCGACUACCACCAAUCUCGCAAGCAAUACAAGCACUACUGGUGUAUCAGCAAGCUCGAAUACAACUUCUUCUGGCAGCAACAAUUCUAUUGCACCUUCAAGUAGUACUGGCAACUUGGAAGACAAUGAAACACAUACCGCCAUUGAUAAACUCUCUUCAGAGCUCUUCUUUUUAUACAAUACCACCAUACUUUCUUCACCACUUGCUGUCACUGUCGUUUCUUGUACAGCCGAAGCUCAACGACUUCACAAUCAACAAUAUCUCCUACUCUGUUUUAUCCAUGCUCUUCUUCCUUUACUUGGUCCCAGUCGUAUCUUUCAAACAUCCUGGUGGUCCAAAGCUCUUCAACCUAUUCUUACCACAGCAGCUUAUACCGAUCAUAUUAAACAACAAGCAAGACAAAUUGUUAUCACCAGUCUUAUUUUGGAACAACAAAUUAUACGGCAACUUGGACAAUACAAUCCGACAAGUAGCAUUUUAAAACCAAAAUAUGCAACUUGGACUGUAGAUUAUUAUCUGGAAUGGGCUAGAGAAUAUCAAGAUCGUGAACAACAUCAAUUAGAUGCUUUGGUUGAUAAACAGGAACAACAACGGGAGGAAACACCAUUAACAGAAAAGGCCAAAGAUGAUAUACGAUUACAACAUCAAGCUUUAUUAGAUAUGGAACAAGAAGAAUGGUCGAAAAAUCUCAUGUUGAUCCUAAUGUCACUUGGUGCUGCUGAAACAAAACCUUUCUUUUGUCUUUUGGAUGGUUAUUUCCAAUCAAGUCAACAUCGACUACAAAUUGUUUAUCUUCUUAGUGAAUUCAUGCUUCGAAAGAGAUCUCAUGCUCAUGAAAUCUUGGAAACUCCUUUAUUCCAAUCCAUGCUCAAGUCAUUGAUGUAUGACAAUUCAACUACAUUAAUCGCGAUCUCGGUUACCAAUUUGAUUAUGCUAUUACCAAGGAUAUGCUCAUUUUUGCCACCUUAUUUACCUCAAUUGUUUUAUAUCUUUGCACGAGCCAUUUCUUGGGAUCAAUUACGUGAUAUGCGAAAAAAACAACAUUCCUUGACAGCAUCUUCACCUUCUACAAAACAAAAGACUGAUUGGGAUUGUGCAGAUUAUACAUUCUCCAAAUUGGCAGCACCACCUUCCAAUCCUCAAACUGGACCUUUCUUUACAGCAUUGUAUGGUCUAUACCCUUGCAAUUUUUUGAAUUUUUUACACAAGCCUUAUGCAUAUUUUAAAAAGAAUGGAUUUACAGUACCUGAAGAAUUUGAUGAAGAAACCUUUCGUGUACGAACAAUGGUGCAAGUAUCAAGACAUAUGUUACAUCCAAACUUGGUGACAAUGGACCUAGAAACUGAAUUGACAGAUCGUUCAAGAUGGAUGAAGAUGGAACCUCCUGAUGUGAUUGCAAGAAUCAUGAGUUUGGAUCUUACCAAUGCUGCUUCUCGUGUGGCUUUCUUUGCUAACAAUGCUGAUAAUGAUGAUGAUCAGAGCCGGCCUCGACAUACAAACUCUAUGGAUCUUUUGGAUACUUCUCUUUGGUCAGCUACUUCGACAACUUCAAAGGGUAGACAAGAAGAUGAAGAAAAGGAAACAGAGAAUGUUCAUCCUCCUACAUCCAUCUGUUCUCCAGGUCAUCAAGUAUUAUCUCCACCAUCAACCAACAAAGGAACAUCGGAUACAUUAGAUUCUUCAACGAAACAACCCAUGAUAUUCAAUAUUCUACAACUUCAUCGUGCAUUGAAAAGUGGUGCUGAAGUGCUCAUUGGUGAUGACAUUUGGGAGGCUAGCUUGGAACAUAUCACAUCUCCAGCAUCAUCUUCCUGUACUUCACCCAAUCUAAAAGAUGCACCAACUUCACUUAUGGAUCAUCAACUUAAUGCUGCGAUUGGCGACUCAUCAUCGGAAACUCGACUUUUGAUUGCAGCUUUGAAACGGGAAGUACUAUUAUUACGAAACGAAUUAAACUUUGAACUCUUCUUGAAACAACAACAUCUUCAACAUAUUGGACGAUUACACCGGGAACAUGUGAUGGAUAGCACAGUAGAAGCUGAACGACAACAACUUUACAAUACCAAUCGUAUGCUCAAGGCACAACUAGCUCAAACCACUGCCAGUUUGGAAAAACUCAAAUCAGAAUCAGCUUUGGCAAGACAAAAACAUAUCAAAUGGGAAGAUGAACAAUCCAAUAAAUUACGUGGUUAUCGAGAAGCAAGGAAAGAAUGGCAAGCUCAUAUGGAUGUUGCCAAUACUCAACUUGAUGAUUAUCGUCACAUCAUUGCGGAACAACGAGAACAAUUGGAGGAAUCCAGAAAAAGGACAUUUGAAUUGGAAAAUGAACUACAAACUUUACAACCUGAUUUAGAAAAAGCCUCUGAAUACCAACAUAGGGUACGACAGUUGACUCAACAAAUGUUACUAUGGGAAGAAGAUACUGCACAUCUUAAAGAACAGAAACGUUAUAUCAAAGGACUAUUAUCUCAAUGGUGGAGCAUGGAAGAAUUGAUAGCAAGUUUACAAGCUGAAAAUCAAAAAUUGAUGGCAAGUCAAAGUCAAGGAGAAAAAGAAUUGGAAAAGUUGACAAAACAAGUAUCCGAAUUAUCUUCAUCAACUAUUGACAAACAGCAAUCAUUAUCCCCAUCUGCAUUGUUUACAACAUUCAAGGAUACCCAACAAGCUGAAAUGGACGAAAUGAAGAAAGUAGUACAAGAGUUAAAACAACAAUUGACACUCUCUGAAAUGGACAAGAUCAAAUACCAAGCUGAACUGGAACAAUACAAGGCUCAAGUCGAUAGUGAUCCUCAACAAUCAGUAGAAUCAGAAUAAAAUUAUUAUACUUCUUUGAUAUGAUUUCCACAUAGUAUCCCUCUUUCUUUUUUUUUUUUUUUUUAAAAAAAAA